AUGGGAAUCGAAUCAAAGAAUCCGGAUAACUUUGUGACAUCGGAGCGUUCUUUGCUGCGCUGUUAUGUUCUCACUCGCCUGCUUGUGUUGAUUCUUCAGGUAUUUCUCAGUCUAUUACCGGAUCACGAUGCUGACGCUUUUCGUCCUCCAAGUUUGCCAUCUGUUGGGCUCUUAGAUUCCCUCAUUUCCUUCACUCUACGCGGCUACAAGAAGUGGGACUCUGUCUACUUUUGCUUCAUUGCUCGGUGGGGUUAUGUGUACGAACAGACCUUGGCUUUCUUUCCUCUUCUGCCUGCUGUGCUCUCUCUUUUGUCCCGCCCGGUUCACACAGUGCUCCACAACGCUCUGAGUCUAGACACUACAAUCUUACUGUUGGGGGUCACAGUUAAUCAACUGUGUGGCGCUUUGAUCAUCAUCCAGUUGUAUCGAUUAAGCUUACGGGUGAUCGGAUCCCCCAGUGUUAGCUACUUUUCCGCUAUACUUUUUUGUAUUAAUCCUGCGUUAGUCUUUUUCUCCUGUGUUUAUUCGGAGUCUCUCUUUUUUCUCCUCACUUUACUGGCCUUGCAAGCUUAUGAACAGAGACAGCUUUUUCGAGCCACCUUCUUGUUCGCACUGACCACCGUAUGCCGCAGCAAUGGUCUCAUCAAUCUUGGCUAUAUUGGUUACGCUGCAUGGUGUGCAACCUUCCUUUCUAACCUAAUAUGGAGUGAAGAAACCAUCCAAAGCACAAGGAAAUCCCUGUUGAAUUUACUCAGCCGUUCCCUACGGUGGUGGUACAGCUUACUUUUCACUCCCUUCCCCUACAUCUUUCUUUGUGCAUUUGGCGUUGCACCGCUUCUAUUCUUCCAAGCUUAUGCGUAUCACGUGUAUUGUCGCGAAGCAUCUGUUGAAGCACCAUCAUGGCAACUACUGAUGCCUGAGCCUACGGACGCCAUCCUACACCAUGGGUUGCGCUCAUCAUACCGAUUUCCUCUGUGGAUCACUGUGCGCUACCUCAACCUCACAGUGCCCUCGUCGCCUGAUUGGUGUUUCAAUGAUCCACCCUUUUCCUACCUUCACAUUCAAAAAGUGUUUUGGAACGUUGGAUUCUUGGCUUACUACGAGUGGAAACAAUGGCCAAACUUUCUACUAGCGCUCCCGGUGAUUGUUCUCGCUUUGUCAUGCGCAUCAUCCUUUUAUUCUUGCGCACCAAACGCAUACAAAACACUGGGACUGCGCGCUGAAUCCGCGCACACUCGUCGGUUGGUACCUUAUGUGUUUCAUCUGCUCUUUUUGGCUGUAUACGGAGUGACACACGUUAACGUGCAGGUCCUGACUCGCAUCGUGUUUUCCUCUUGCCCUGUAAUUUACUGGUUCUGCGCUCAUCAGCUGAUGGAUUGCCCAAGUUGGUCCCCCGACAACUACUCCCCACGCACUUGCAGCCGAUCUGCACUGUCGCACGAUGAAACAUCGCUUGUUGAUAGCCUACUAUUUGGGAUACGCUGCCGUCGGUUGUGUGUUACAUGCCAAAUUCCUCCCAUGGACCUGAGUUGGAUGAUUUUGGCUACCAGUAGUCGGCACAGAGCUGUGAUCACGCUAUCCCUCUGUUCAUACCACCGAUAUGCUUACCCGUUCGACAGCAAUCUUGUCCCUUACUCGGCCCCUUGUACGACUUUUACCGUCACUUUCCUGGCGUUUUUGUGGUUUCGGGCCACUACACUGUCACAGAAGUGUAAUCACAGGUCACAAAAGCACUUUUCGAAGCAUGCAUACGAGAAAGGUAUCGUUAUUAUUCGAUGCGAUGGCUGUCAGAAUUUGCAUCUUAUCGCAGACAACCUGGGCUGGAUCGUGGACGGCCAUUGGAAGAUAGAAGAUGUCAUCAAAGUGGAUCGUGGACCCAUCAGCAAUUGGAAGGUCAGCUGCCAAGCCCACUGGUAUUACACCCCCAGACACACAUUGCCUAUGGUCUCUAAUCCGGGGAGUGGUUUGGAUGAUUUGAAGAAGAAACAUAGACCCAGAAGUAGUGGCAGAAAAGGGGAUAAGAAGCGUUCCAAAGGAGAAAGCUUGCCCCGGAACAAUGUCAAGGCUUUUGCUGUGCAACACACCACGAAGGCCGCUCGCCUUGUGCAGAGAACGCUGGACUACCGAACCCGGGGACAUCAUCUACCUCUUAAAGAGCAUGUUGUAGAUGCUGCACCCCCAGUUGUUGUCGCUAUUGUCGGUCCACCCAAAAGCGGAAAGUCUACACUUUUAAGGAGUUUGGUUAAACACUUUACACAUCAGGCCAUCAAUGUUAUCAAGGGCCCUUUGACUGUGGUUGUCGGGAAAAAGAUCCGCCUAAGCUUUAUCGAAUGUGGCUGUGAUAUUAAUAGCAUGCUGGAUGCUGCCAAGAUUGCUGAUGUUGUGCUGAUGAUGGUCAACGUGCGAGCCGGUUUGGAGAUGUACCACUUCGAGUUUAUUAACAUUAUGCAAGUUCAUGGCCUACCUCGAAUCGUACCGGUCCUGAAUCACCUGGACACUUACAAGGACUCUAGCUCGUCUAGAGCUAUACGGCGUAAAAUCAAACAACGGCUUUGGGUUGACCUCAACUCGAAAAUCUUUCUGUUGACGCGAUUUCAGCCAAAACGUUAUCCUACGUACGAAGUGGCGGCCAAUAAAUAUAGCAAGCCUGGUGAAUAUCUUCUGGCAGAAGUGAGACGUUUGGCUCGGAUGAUUGUAGUGAAGAUACCGCGCCUGACGGACUGGCGUACUUCUCAUCCUUAUCUUCUGAUCGAUCGCUUGGAGGACAUCACCGACUCUUCCUUGGUUGCGGCCUCGCCUGAAGUUGAUCGUUCCAUCAGCAUGUAUGGUUGGGUUCGCGGGGCGCCUAUUCCUCCUGCCCUCACAUCACCUGGAGUGCACAUCGCUGGUCUAGGUGACUUUACUCUCGCUGACUGCAUGCGCCAACCGGAUCCGUGCCCUUUGCCAAGUCAGUUGUCCAAAAUGGAGGAAGGAAAAGCUAGAGGAAAAACCAACAGACAUCUUGCAGAACGCGAUCGGAAGAUUUACGCUCCAAUGUCCAGUCUUGGAGGAGUGCUCUUCGAUCGUGAUGCCACCUACAUUGAUUUGGGUGGCAGUCACUAUUUGUCCAACCGUACCAAAAAUGGGAAGAGCCUACCCGUGUCUAAGAUGGCUACGCAGACUGCACUGGACGAAGUACACUUCAUGUUAAACGAAGCUGGUGGAAUCGACCAGCAGUUGGAUACGGAGUAUCGCGUUCGUAUGUUAAAGGACGCCCCCUACCUCACCUCUGGGGAUGUAAACGACGACGCUGAUAUAGACGAAUUAAUGAACUCUGAAUCCAAAGCGGACCAGACAGAUGACGUGAACACUAAUGCUGAUUAUGCUGGAGAACCAGAUAUUCCAUCGGCCACCGAUGCGCGAAUUUUUUCAGACCGGCUAGUUGCUGGUUUUCUUGUUCCCGCAGACUCUCAGCCAGUCGAAAAGCCGAAAGUCACUGCGAAACAGCGCAGCUCGUCACAGGCUGUACAUCUUGAAAUCAAAGAGGUGUUGGAUGAUAUUGAUUGGAGAUCAGUUACCACUUCUCGUGUCAAUUGGAAUCGGGUCAUCUAUGGUGAUGAUAACAAAACGAACACAUUAGUUGCUCCUCAACAAGUCGCUACCCCGAUCGCCGGUGGACUACUCCUAAGGGGCUCAAGUCAACGCACGCUCAUCGACUUAGACCAUGACUACACUCUACCUCUACAUGUGGAAUCUCCCGGUACUGACUGGACCAAGUCUGGCAUGUUAGAGCGCAUCGCGAACCGAUUCACUACUGGGCAGUGGGACCCCACAGAAGAUGCACAGACUCUCCUACAAUCCGACGCAAAGGCACGUGCUUUAUUGAGCUCGGAAGAUGCUACGAAGCACGCCGUUGCUUCUACUGCUCGAGUACAGCACAAACCAGAUGCUCAGGGCAUAUCUGCGGACGCAAGUGAAGAAUCUGGUGCUGAACACGCUAGCGACGGUGACUCGAAUAUCGAUCCAGAUGACGAUGAUGGCGACGUCUUCCACGAUUCGGGCAACGAAACGGAUUCCAGCGUUGAUGGGGCCGUUGUUGGCAAUGACAAAAAUGAAGAGGACGAUCCAAAUGCCGAAUUUGAGAAGCGUCUGCUCCGACCUACAAAGCGACAGAAGCUGUUGGAGAAGCGACAGAAACAUAAAGCCUUAUUCAACAAGUUGUACGAAGCUGCUGGCGGCGGCUCAGACUCAACGGUUUUCUACGACAAACUAGUGGCAGCCAAGGAAGCUCAAUUGGCUGCAAACCGAGCUGUACUACAAACCUUGCCGCCAGAGGCAGUUGAGCAACUGGAAGGCUUCCCUCCUGGUGCGUAUGUGCGCCUGGAAUUCAAAGGUGUUCCGCAUCAAUUCGUCCAACAGUUCGAUCCGUGUCAACCGCUUGUGGUUGGAGUCCUCCCCAGCACAGAGGAGUCAAAUGGCCACAUUCAAGUACGAUUCCGCGUGCACCGAUGGCUCAAGCGUGCACUGCGUUCCAACGAUCCACUGACUGUGUCCAUCGGUUGGAGAAGGUACCAAACAGUCGGGAUCUUUUCCAAGGAGGAACACAAUUUGCGCAACCGGUACCUCAAGUACUGUCUUCCCCAUGAACACUGUCUUGUUACCAUUUAUGGCCCUUUGGUUCCUGCCAAGACGGGAGUCGUUUUCUUCGUCAACUCCGCCUGGCGUCCCCAGGCGGAUUCGAGCGACCUCCCCAGCUUCCGUGUCGCGGGCACCGGUGUCGUGACCACCACGGACCAAUCGUUUUCAAUCAUGAAAAAACUAAAAUUGGUCGGCGAACCGUUCAAAAUUUUCGCCAAGACAUCUUUUAUUCGUGGCAUGUUCAACAGCUCGCUCGAGGUGAGCAAAAUGAUUGGGUCCAGGAUUCAAACAGUAUCUAACAUACGAGGUCUGAUCAAAGCUGCCCUCACCAACACCACGGUUGCACAACCUGGUGAUUUUCGGGCCACCUUCGAGGCACCGAUCGGGAAAGCCGAUUUGGUCUUUCUGCGCACUUUUGUCGCCGUGGGCAUUCCCAAAUACUAUAAUCCGGUGCUGAAUCGUUUGUGUGCUAUAGAGGGCGAACACACAAAGAACACUGGUAAGCAUGGGUGGCGUCUGCUACGGACCCUGCAGGAGCUACGGAAAGAAGCUGGGGAGAAACCGGAGUUUCGAUCAGAUUCCCAAUACAAACCCAUACACCGUCCGGUUUACGUCCCCCCACCGCUAUUCGUGCCCACGAAAUUGGUAGCCGCUCUGCCCUUCGCACAUAAACCGAAGCCGUCCAAACGGGCUGCUCGUCACAUGCUCGGCGGUGAUCCGGUCCGGUCUGCUCUAUCCACUGAGCUUCCUCCCCCAGUGCGGUCCGCAGACGAUCGCAACGGUGAGACUCCGGAAGACCUCCUCAUUCGUCUGAGACAGCUACACGCGGACUUCAAGCAACGCCAACGGGAGAAGAUGGUGAAGCGUGUGACUAAACACAAACAAGAGCUUGCGAAGCAGGAGAAGCGCCGCUUGGCAAAUCAACGUCAGAAGCGCAAAUCUUUCUUUGCCCGCCAAGGGAACAAGGCGGGUCGUAGCAAACACGAUCGGUCGGAGGACUGA